UCUCUCAUUGAUUCCAAUUUCAGCCCAAAUCCAAAGUAAAAACUCUCUUUUCUUCUCUUCUCCCCACAACACAACGCAACGCAACACAAAAAGGACGACAUCACCAAACCCCGAAUUCCCUCCUAGGGCUCCGUCCCCUUCAAUCAUCAUCGGAUCUGACCCUCAAACUCUCAACCUUUCCGACCGCACCUUCCCCAUUUCUUGGUUCCCGUCGGAUCCGCCCACCCCACCACUCGGAAUCGGGAAUCGAGCUCUUGGGUUGGGUUGGGUUGGGUGGGAGGGGUCGAUCCCGGUCGAUGGGCUCUCUGGGCAUUUUCAUUUCAUUUCGUUGCGGCUGAGAUGAAAUGAAAAUGCCCGACCUGUGGAGGAUACCAUGACCAGGACCACCACCCCUGCCGAGGCUGCUGCUGCUGCUUCCGCUGCCGCCACCGACGACGAGGAGGAAGAGCGCUUCUACGAGUCCCUCGAUCGCAUUGUUUCAUCCGCCUCCUGCUCCUGCUCCAACUCCGACACUGAUGACCCGGAGCCCGACCCCGACCCUGAUCCGAAUUCCGCCCCAUUGAGGUUCCCCGUGAUGGGCUACGACGUCUGGCUCUCGGAGCCCUCCUCUGUGUCCGAGCGGCGGUCCCGCCUCCUCCAUGACAUGGGGCUCGGCGGGGAGUUCGUGCGGUCGGUCUCGUCAGAUCGAUUGUGGACCCAGGAGAACGAUGGCGGCCCCGGGUCUGUGAUUCCCCGGUCGAAAUCGGAGAGCUCGGCGGAUCGGAAUUUGGGUCCUGGUGAUGAUACUGCUUCUGUUUGUUCUUCCUCCUUUGUUCCAAUUGAUGAUAGUAGUGCUUCUUUUGUAAAUAGUCACAACAAUAAUACUAGUAAUACUAGCCACAGCAGCAAUAGCAAUGGUGUUCGGUUCGCUAUUAAUGGAUCUUUAAUUCCUGGUCCUAAUAAGCCCCCCAUUGCGAGACACUCUCGGAGAGCCGAUGAGAUUAAGAGUGAGUCUCCAGGUUGUGUUGCCGAUUCAAAUGGUGAUUCUGUGCACAAUUCCGGCAAUGUGGAGGCACUUGAGGGUGCUAUGAAGUGUGAGGAGAACUGUGAUGGUGUUAAUGGGAAUAUUCUCUGUACAAUCAAGGAUCUUGACAAUGGGAAAGAGUUUGUGGUGGAUGAGAUUAGAGAGGAUGGCGGCUCUUGGAAUCAGCUUAAGGUUAAGGAAGUUGGGACAGACCGGCAGUUGACUCUCGAAGAGUUUGAUAUGACUGUCGGGCACUCGCCAAUUGUGCAGGAGUUGAUGAGGAGGCAACAUGUGGAGGAUGGUUAUCGAGAUAGCUUAGAUUUGGGGACAAAUGGGGGAGUUGGGAUCAAUUCUAAGUUGAAGAAAAAGAACAGUUGGUUUAAGAACUUUAGGAGCAAGGCAGGCUUGGUGGCGGGUGGUGGUGGUCAUAAGGAGAGGCGAAGCAGUGAUGAGAAGGACACCUCGUCGGAGAAGGGCGGGCGGAGGUCGAGCUCAGCCACGGAUGAUAGUCAAGACUCCUCAUUUCAUGGGCCCGAGAGGGUGAGGGUAAGGCAGUAUGGGAAGUCAUGCAAGGAGGUCACAGCCCUUUACAAGAGCCAGGAGAUACAAGCCCAUAAUGGGUCCAUAUGGAGCAUCAAGUUCAGUUUGGAUGGGAGGUAUCUUGCUAGUGCAGGGGAGGAUUGUGUUAUCCAUAUCUGGCAGGUCGUGGAGUCUGAGAGGAAGGGAGAAUUGCUAACGGAGAAACCCGAAGAUGGGAACCUAGUAAUGUUUUGGGCUACUGGGUCACCUGAACCAAAUACGCUUUCACCUACUGUGGAAAAUUUUCCAGAGAGGAAGAGAAGGGGAAGGUCAUCUAUAAGCAGAAAAUCGAUGAACUUUGACCAUGUAGUGGUUCCAGAGACAGUUUUUGCCCUCACAGAGAAGCCUAUCUGUUCAUUCCAGGGACAUUUCGAUGAUGUACUUGACCUUUCAUGGUCUAAGUCUCAGCAUUUGCUCUCUUCUUCAAUGGACAAGACCGUACGCCUCUGGCACCUGUCUAGCAAGACCUGUUUGAAAGUAUUUUCUCAUAGUGACUAUGUAACUUGCAUCCAGUUUAAUCCUGUUGAUGAUAGAUAUUUCAUAAGUGGGUCCCUCGAUGCCAAAGUUCGCAUAUGGAGCAUCCCUGAUCGUCAAGUUGUCGAUUGGAAUGAUCUUCAUGAGAUGGUCACUGCAGCUUGCUAUACUCCCGAUGGUCAGGGCGCAUUAGUUGGUUCAUACAAGGGGAGUUGCCGUUUGUACAACACAUCUGAGAACAAGUUGCAACAGAAGAGCCAAAUUAAUCUGCAGAAUAAGAAGAAGAAAUCUCAAUAUAAGAAAAUCACUGGCUUCCAGUUUGCCCCAGGAAGCUCGUCUGAAGUUCUGGUCACAUCUGCAGAUUCACGGAUUCGGGUUGUUGAUGGUGUUGAUUUGGUUCACAAGUUCAAAGGGUUUCGUAACACAAACAGCCAGAUCUCAGCUUUCCUUGCGGCUAACGGAAAGUAUGUUGUUUCAGCAAGUGAGGAUUCCUAUGUUUAUGUCUGGAAGCAUGAAGCUGAUUCCCGACCGAGCAGGAACAAAGGAAUCCCUGUCACGCGGUCUUAUGAACACUUCCACUGUCAGGAUGUCUCCAUGGCCAUCCCUUGGUCUGGAAUGACUGAUUCCUGGGGAUUCCACGACUCUUACUCCCCAGAAAACAAUGGACUGCUCCUUGACUCUAAUAAUCUCGAUGAGGCGUCUACAGCAAAUCACCCGCCGACGCCUGUUGAGAACCAUAAUACUGAUGACGGCUCGAAAUCUGCCUCAGGGUGUACUAAUAGCCCACUUCAUGGGACGAUAUCUAGUGCGUCGAACAGUUACUUCUUUGACCGUAUCUCUGCCACCUGGCCCGAGGAGAAGCUUCCAUCAGCUGCAAAGAGCCGAAGUCCUCGUGUCAGUGUAGAUUUCUCCAGUGGGAUGGAUGAGUCUGCCUGGGGUUUGGUCAUUGUGACUGCUGGGCUACGAGGUGAGAUCCGGACUUUUCAGAAUUUUGGAUUGCCUGUUCGAAUUUAGUCGUCUGGAGAUCUGAAAAUCGGAGAACACAACCGUGAUAAGGCUUGUCAAUGCGGUUUACUCUCUGAGGUUGGUGACAAGUUGUAUAGUGGGGGAUACUUUGGGUGGGGGAUAUGUAAUAUGUUCGAGUUCCGUUCAUUUUUUUGUUUUCCUCUUUUUGGCGGUGUGGUCGUAAUCGGCCGGGGAUGGGGUGCAGAUUGGAACCAUCCUGGCCGGGCUUCGAGAGAAAGAAAAGUAGAUUUGUCGCGAGAAGAAAAAGGAGAAAGUUCUUGUUGUAAUGGAGAAUUGUAGAGUUCUGAGCUUGGCAAAAUUAUAUUCAAUUCAAGAAAUCGAAAAUUCUUUUUUCCUCAA